AUGAAGCCACCAGCACUCCGGCCCUGGCUUCCCACAUCUGCCUUGCGCAGGAGAGCGGUUCAAUGCAGGUCCUACGCAAUCCAGGCACCUGGUGCUCCAACACUCCAGAUCUUCAACGGGCACACGAAAUACCUCCAGAAAGAACGAACAGCUGCAAACGCAGAAUACAGUAGAAAGGUCGACUACUUGAAAGAUGAAGUCGCUCAAAGACUAGUGGACAGACUUCUCGACAUCAACCGGCAGUUCGGCAAGGUACUCGACCUGGGUGCCAACAGCUGCAACAUUGCUCGAGCGCUGUCCAAGCCACCUCUGAUUGCUCCCGAGGUACCAGAAGGACAGGCGGAGUCCAAAGUGCCACUUUCAGAGCGGGUCCAGCAUCUCACCUGCGCCGAUGUGUCUCCAACAUCGUUGCACCGCGAUGAUGCGCUUCCUGCGCCCACCGUUCCCAUAACCCAGACUGUCCUCCCAUCCCUCGAGACACUACCGUACGAUGCAAAUACGUUUGACGCUGUGCUAUCUUCUCUGUCACUCCACUGGAUCAACGACCUGCCGUCAGUCCUCUCAAGUAUAAACAACAUACUAAAACCGGAUGCACCUUUCAUCGCUGCAAUGUUUGGUGGGGACACGCUCUUUGAGCUUAGAUCGUCAUUACAAUUAGCUGAUAUUGAGCGGCAUGGAGGUGUCUCUCCUCACAUUUCUCCACUGGCUGAUGUACGAGACGUGGGUAAUCUACUCGGUCGCGCAGGCUUCAAGCUCCUGACCGUCGACGUGGACGACAUUAUCGUCGAAUAUCCCGAUACUUUUGCCCUCAUGACCGACGUUCAGGCCAUGGGUGAGGGCAAUGCCAUACUAAAAUCUAUGGGUAGCCCAUUGAGUCGAGAUGUUCUGCUAGCAAAUGAGGCCAUAUAUAGAGAAUUGCACUGUAACGAGGAUGAGAAGGAUAGAAUACAGGCAACCUUCCGAGUUAUCUAUAUGAUCGGUUGGAAAGAGAGCAAAAACCAACCGAAACCGCUGGAAAGAGGAAGCGGGAGUGUCAACAUGAAGGACAUAUUGGGCGGUGGAGAGUUCGCCUAG